AUGACGACGGCGAGUGGCGCGCGCGCUUUGGAUCCGUCGGCGUACGCGUUUGAGUUCUACGCGGGGGCGAGAGAGAUGUCGGAGGAAGAUCGGGAGUGGUGCUUCGACGUGACGCGAAGGAACAUGCGGGAGGCGUACGAGCGCACGUGGGGAUGGGACGCGGUGGAGAAGCGACGAGAGCUGAAUAAUCACGCGGCGAGAUUCAUUUUGGCGAGAGAGGUGCGUAGUGGGGAGCUCGCGGCGUUCGUGCACUUUCGAUUCGAGCGCGAGGACGAGGAGGUGGACGCGCCGGUGGGGUACGUGUACGAACUCCAAUGCGAGCCGAAACAUCAGAGACGGGCGCUGGGAGAGACGCUCGUGUGCGUCGUGGAGGCGGUGUCGAAGCGAUUGGGGAUGCACGCUGUUGUCUUGACGGUGCUCAAGGUGAACGUGGGGGCGUACGCGUUCUACACGAAGAGGAUGAAGUACGAAAUCGACGACUUGAGCCCGGACGAGAGUUUGGACGAGGGAAGCGCGCACUACUUGAUCCUAUCGAAACGCUUCGUUUGA